AUGAAAGAAGUAGAGCAGGAGAAGAGAGAGGAAUCUGUCUUGUCGUGCUCCAUUUUCCUCCAUCCGUCAGUCCGCGGCGACGACGAUGAUGAAGACGAUGAUGAUGAUGAUGAUGAUGGUGAUGAUGAUGAUGAUGACAAUCUGCUGACGUCUCAGAUCCGGAUCCGCGUCGGAGAGUGGGACUUCGCGAGCGUCCUGGAGCCCUACCCGUACGUGGAACGCGGAGUGAGCAAGAAGGUGGUCCACCCGAAGUACAACUUCUUCACGUACGAGUACGACCUGGCGCUGGUGAAGCUGGAGAAGCCGGUGGACCUGACGCCGCACGUGUCGCCCAUCUGCCUGCCGGGGUCGGAGGAUCUGCUGAUCGGAGAGAACGCGACGGUCACGGGGUGGGGGAGGCUGUCGGAGGGGGGGACGCUUCCGUCGGUCCUGCAGCAGGUAACAGUGCCCAUCGUGAGCAAUCAGAGGUGCAAGGAGAUGUUCCAUGCCGGAGGGAGACAGGAAUACAUACCGGAUAUUUUCCUCUGUGCCGGCUUCGACGGGGGCGGGCGUGAUUCGUGCCAGGGUGACUCUGGCGGACCACUCCAGGUGAAGGGUCGAGACGGACGAUGGUUCUUAGCCGGAAUAAUCAGCUGGGGAAUCGGUUGUGCCGAACCCAAUCUCCCAGGCGUUUGCACGCGAAUUUCCAAGUUCACGCACUGGAUCAUCCAGAACGUGCGAAAGGGCUGACCUGUGUGCCACGUGGACGGCACAUGUGCACGCGGGGGCGAAUGGGACUCGGAAGGUCCUCUAUCAAUCAAAGCCGUCGGCCCUGCCGCCCUUCCGCCAACCACGCGAUCGCUCGAUGUCACGUGGUCACGAGGUCAAUGCCAACUCGUGCCAAGCCGAUCUUCCCUCCCUCUGUCAUCGCAAGUUCUUUUAGAGUUACCUUCAUGCCAAAGAUGCUUCCGUUCCAAUCCAAGAGACUACGAAUAUUGCUGCUCCAUGAUGUUUGUGAUCGGUGUGGACAGUUUGAACAUGAGAGAGAAAAAAAAACCAACACUUGAC